UGACACCUCAGCACCAAACUGAACAGCAUGAGGAAAGUGACAUCAGUUUUGAGCUUUUGGAUUAACUGCUGAAAUCCAAUCAUGCAGCUUGUCCAGAUUUCAAGACCUGCACGGCACUUUCUCCAGCUUGGUAUCAAGUACAAAGGAAUGACUGCCUGGAAUGGCAUGGAUUAAGCAUAACAGAAAAUAGCCAUAUAUCUAGAAGAGCCACAUGUGGAAUCAACCACUCUGUUUAUAAUUUAACAAACUCCCAAACAAUUAUUAAUGUUGUGGACUCAUAGAAUACAUUGUUAAAUGAAGUUAUUACAAUUAUGGUAGUUUAAGACUGGAACUCCCAUCACCAAAGGAGAAUUAAAGAAACACAAAAAAAAAACACCCCACAGAGUUCACUGUUGAAUAUGUGACUGAAACAGAAUUAUUUUUUACUUUUUUUUUUAAUGAAUCUAUAAUUAAUUACUUUUAUAAAUAGGGUUACCAUGACAGGCAAAGAGCUUAACAAGAAGCAUGGUCAGUUCAGGAGUAAGAAAAAGCUUUCAAAUGCCAGACAAUCUCGGAAACCAGCAAAAUCUUCAAAAAACAAUACAGAACAAAAGAAGGUAAAAUGUGCAAAGACAAACUGGGUGAAUGGGCUCACAAGUGUUCGUAAAAGAGGAACAGAAUUCUCACAUUUUGGAAACCCUUGGGGAAGUAUACAAGAGAAAUAUGUCCGAAUGGAUGAGGAUCCUGGACUUUGGAGAUGGCCAAAUUCUACAGUGGUUGGGCCACAUCGUUCUCAUAGUCAGACGUGUUCGGUGACAAAUAAGUCUACCAGGUAUCCACAGUGCUGGAUUGUCUCAAAUGGCAUAUUGGAAAAAAAGCAAGAGCAAGAGUAUGCAGAUGCAAGUGUGAAUUUUAGUGAGUCAUUAAAGGAGGAGAGUAUAACUUUUCUGGAUUUUUGUAUUCUUACUUUUGAAAAAUUGUCAUCUGUGUUUGGCAGAAACCCUGAUUAUUACAACCAUGUUUCCCAAGAACUUCUGAAAAAGCAGUUUUUGCUAAUGUCCAAUUUUGAUAGUGUUAUUAAAGACUUCAGUGAAAAAGUAGGAGUAUGCCAGCCAAACCACUUUAAAGUACCAUCAGUGUUACAGUUUAUGAAUACAAAUAUUCAUUACCUCCUUGCUCUGAGGCAUGCAGCUGACCAGGAGAUCAAAGCUUUUGAAAAGGAAGUUGCAAUUAUAACUGGCGAACGACUAGGACGGGAUAAGAACCCCAAGUUUGCAAAUUUCGUUAACUUUUCUGAAAGCAGUGUUGAGCGAUAUGUUCAUAUGGCUUGUGAUAUUUUGAACUCUUACAGUGGUCAGAAAUAUGGAUGUAAAAAGGAGUGGUCAGCAUUUUGUCAAGUUAAUGGUAAAACCUCCAAAGUGGUAAGUGCUCGCUCUAACAGAUUUGUUCACUUCUUUGAAGCAGCUGCUGCUCUGAUGCAUCAUUAUGUGGACAUUGCAACCUUCUUUACAGAGAGCUACAAUUCUGGCCCACGGAAUAGAAUCAAUGUGAUACAAGAGAGUGUCCAGGAUGACUUGUUUGAUGAAACGCUGCAGUCCCUCCUCUGUGUACUCGCUUUGGUGUAUCUAAAAGUCAUUGGUCCUUACUGGCAACUUUUAACAAGUAAAGCAAAGUAUAUAGAUUUUCGUAAGUAUGUGCAGUGCCUUUAUCAGAAGCUUUAUGAGUGGUCAUCGGAUGCAACACCCUUGCUUUUUAAAAAAUUCACAGAUGAUAACGUUUUUCAUCGCUUUCUCUUUCCAGAAGAGGAACAUUAUUAUGGAGUGUUUUCAUUUUGUAAUCCUAAAAACCAGUAUUUCCCUUUCAUUGCCAAGUGUCUAGAGCGUGUCAUGAAGUCAUUUGUUUCUGUUACUGUAAAAUAUCUUGCUGACUUUUUGCCGGGUGGGAUUUAUGACCAUGAGCCAAGUACAGACGCUUGUGCAAAGCUAAAGUUCUGCCAGCUGCAGCAUCUGAUGGGCAACUAUCCUUAUGGACAACAUUACAGUGACACAUACAGGAUGCCACCAAACUCUAAACUGCAAAGAAAUUGUUACACAUCUUUCAUGGAAAACAGCCAAGUCUUAAACUGUAAAGUACUGCCUCAAGAGUUUCAAAAUAGUGCAAUGAUUGUGUCCACUGUUGUGAGUAAUGGAGGGCCUUGCAAAACAAAAAGGGAUGUCGAUAAUCUGUUGUUCAGACUGGAAGGAGCGACUCUUGCCAAGAAGGUUGAAGCAGUACAACUGCAAAUGAAUUAUCAAAAAAACAUUUUGGGGGUAACAGACACAAAUUUCAGUCACGUUGGGCUUUCACUGAAAGAUAUGGUUGAAAAUUUAAAAAUGGUGUUGGCUGAUGAGGACUACACGCACACUGCAGACCACAAAGAGCUCUAUAGCUCCGAUUACCAACCGGCACCACGUUUGCAGCAGUCGGAAGUAAACGCUGCUUCUACCAUUAUAGGAGGCUAUGAUGACGACUGUUUGGAUGACAACUCUAUAUAUGUAAAUAUGGCUCAGUGCGCUGUACAAGCAUUUGAAAGUCAGGAUGAUGACUUUUGUAUUUCUUGAUUAAGUGACUGUUACAGAUAUUGUUAAAGUGUAUCUUGACGAGAGUUGUUUUAACCUUUUUUAUUGUUUUAGAAGAGUGCCAUAGAUGAAAAUCUUAAAGUUUUAUAUUUCUGAAUAGAUGUGUUUUGGUCCAUUUUUUAAAAUAUUUAACUUUUUAGGAAUGGUGCGGGUUAAGAUGCAUGCAAAGGUUCUUGCAUUUUGUAACUAUAUAUUAAAUGUUCUAAAAUAGCAGUGACGAAUUUUGCAGCUUUUUUUUAA